GACGGCCUUACAGACAGCCAAUGGAGGCACGGCGUGAGGACUGACGCGCCCGACAGCCUCUCGGCAGCGGGGCGCCGCCGAGGGGCCCGCCCACCCGCCGAAGCCCCGGGCCGGGCGCGGCGGCGGGGCCAAUGCGGCGCGGGGGGCGGGGAUUGUUUACGUCUCGGCCGGGGCGGAAAGUGGGUCACGGCGGGGCCGGCGGAGCGCGGGCGGCGGCUGCAGAUUCUGCCCGCCAUGGCCAGGCGGCCCCGGAGCAGCAGGGCCUGGAGGUUCGUCCUGAGCGCAGCCCGCCGGGACGCAGAUGCCCGUUCGGCGGCGGGGGCCGCCAGCUGGGGCUGUGACUCCGACGGGCAGCACAGCGACCCGGACUCAGAGACAGAGUGCACUGCCCUGCCGCCUGCCAUCCCCAGUGCAGUGCCAGUGACCGGCGAGUCCUUCUGUGGAUGUGAGGGCCAGAGCGAGGCUGCCUUCUGCAGUGGCCUGCAUGGUGCCCACCGGGGCAAGGACUGCCGCUGUGGGGAGGAGGAUGAGCAUUUUGACUGGGUGUGGGAUGCUGGGAACAAGUCUUCUGCCACACGGCUAAGCUGUGACAACCGCAAGGUGAGUUUCCACGUGGAGUACAGCUGUGGGACCGCCGCUGUGCGGGGUACCAAGGAGCUGGGCGAUGGCCAGCACUUCUGGGAGAUCAAGAUGACUUCACCGGUGUACGGCACAGACAUGGUGAGUGGCGGGCAGAGCACGGGGAGGGGAGGGGGGCUGCCGGCCACCUCUGCCCGGCCCCCUCGUUCCCAGAUGGUGGGCAUCGGGACGUCGGCCGUGGACCUGGACCAGUACCAGCACACUUUCUGCAGCCUGCUGGGCAGGGACGCAGACAGCUGGGGCCUCUCCUACACAGGUCUCCUCCACCACAAGGGUGACAAGACCAGCUUCUCCUCGAGGUUUGGCCAGGGCUCCAUCAUCGGGGUGCACCUGGACACGUGGCAUGGGACCCUGACCUUCUUUAAGAACAGGAAGUGUAUAGGAGUGGCAGCCACAAAGCUGCAGAACCGCAAGUUCUACCCCAUGGUCUGCUCCACGGCGGCCAAGAGCAGCAUGAAGGUGAUCCGCGCCUGUGCCAGCGCCACAUCCCUGCAGUACCUGUGCUGCUACCGCCUGCGCCAGCUGCGGCCCAGCUCCAGGGACACAUUGGAGGGCCUGCCACUGCCACCUGGCCUCAAGCAGCUGCUGCACCACAAGCUGGGCUGGGUGCUCAGCAUGAGCUGCAGCCGCCACCUGUCCCCAGUCUCGGCCCCCUCCAAGGCCGCCUCUAGCAGCCCCGAACCCAGGCGCUGCCAGCGGAAGCGCUGCCGACGGACCGAGCAGUGAAGGUGGGGGGCGGGCGCGGGGGACGCUCUUCCUUCUGGCCGCAGGAAGACGGUCAGUCUGGGCUGCCUCUGCCUGCUGAGGUUGGGGCAGGCCAGGCUGGUGUCACAGGCCCAGGACCCUGAGCCCAGCUGCUGUGUGCUGGUGAGACACUGGGCACCAGGACACCAGGGUACCUGCCCCGGGAAGGCCAGUGCCCCGGCUGCCACCACAAGUCUCUUAACUCCUUU